AUGCCAACUCAAGUCCCAAAGACGCCGUCUCCUGAGUGGGGCUUUCACACGUCGCCCCGUUACUGCACGGGGGCUCAAAGCAGCCCCGCGGUCUUGGUUCCAUGCGUCCCGGCUCCCGCCCUUCCCGGUGUUUCAACCCAGGGAGGACUAACAUUGGCAUCUGCCAGGCUGGGGGUUGCACGGGAUUUACUCCACAGGGCUUUCCCGUGGGUUUCACCCAAGUUCUCGUCCCCGGGCUCCGGGACAGAAUCCGACAGCGAUGAAUCCGUACCAGAACUCGAAGAGCAGGACUCGACGCAGGCCACGACGCAGCAGGCGCAGCUCGCGGCGGCAGCCGAAAUAGAUGAAGAACCCGUCAGCAAAGCGAAACAGAGCCGGAGCGAAAAGAAAGCACGGAAGGCAAUGUCUAAGCUGGGCCUUCGCCAGGUCACAGGGGUCACCAGAGUCACCAUCCGGAAAUCCAAGAACAUCCUCUUCGUCAUCACAAAGCCGGACGUGUACAAGAGCCCCGCGUCCGACACCUACAUCGUCUUCGGCGAAGCAAAGAUCGAAGACCUGUCGCAGCAGGCGCAGCUGGCGGCUGCGGAGAAGUUCAAGGGGGCGGGAGAAGCCGUCUCCCACAUCCAGGAGAACACACAGACACCCACCGUGCAGGAGGAGAGCGAGGAGGAGGAGGUUGACGAGACCGGCGUGGAGGUGAAGGACAUCGAGCUGGUCAUGUCGCAGGCGAAUGUGUCCCGAGCGAAGGCCGUCCGCGCCCUGAAGAACAACAGUAACGACAUUGUAAACGCCAUCAUGGAGUUGACGAUGUAGCUGCGGGCAGGGAGGAGCCUUUUUGGUGUUCCGGAGAAGAGUAAAAUGCAACUAAACUUAAAAUUUGUACUAUUUCUAUCCCUUAAUAAAAGUUGUGGCUUAUUGUUGGUGAAA